AUGGCACUUCGAACUCUCUCCACUGCUGUGUUCCUGACCUCCGUAGUUCUCUCCGUUUACAUGCAAAGAGCUUCCUCUUCCGAGGUCAAUGUAACCAAAGCCCAACCUCCAAUAUCUGACCAAGAUCUUCUGGAAUUUGUACUGAAUUUAGAAUAUUUGAGCGCUGAGUACUUCUUGUAUGGUGCUAAUGGUCGUGGACUUAAUGCCACUGCUCCACAAUUAACCAAGGGAGGUCCUCCUCCCAUUGGAGGCCGAAAGGCCAACCUAGACCCCUUCUUUCAGGACAUCUCACAAUUCGCUUUAAUAAAUAUUGGGCUUUUGAUGUAUAAUUUCCAAGUUUCUGCAACUAUAGAGUCUUCUGGGGGCGAAAACUGCACAAUUGAUUAG